AUGGUAGAGGCGGCUAAACCCAAGAGAACGAGGACCAAUGUUAAACAGUCCAAGUUUGGCUGUUUCACCUGCAAGGCUCGACGAAUCAAGUGCGAUGAAAGCAAACCGGCUUGUCAGCGCUGCUUGAUCUCGAAGCGAGAAUGCCAAGGGUAUCCCCGAGGUGCACAUCCAGACUCGGAAAGCACUACAUCGACUACUUUAUCACUCGUGUCCGCCUCUUCUUCGCCCUCAGACUCCUCAUCACCAUCGCCUACAGCAGUCAUCUCAACGUUGAGAUCGCUCGCUUUCAACCCAUACUCCCUAUCGAGUCCCUUUGUCGAUCUCGGCUGUACGGUUCUGGUCCAAAGUCCCCGUCGUGCAAGAAACAACGUCGAGCAAACAUUCUGGUCCCGCACCGUCCCCCAACUAGCCCAAUCCAUCCCAUCCGUGCGUGCCGCCAUCGAAGCGUUCGGCACAUCCUACAGCGAAUAUGUCCUCAGAGGCACAUCCUCACGACCUGGUUUCGAAACGACGAAGCGCUACUCACAGGCUUUGAGAAUGGUGCAGCAAGACCUUGUCACCCUGCCGAACGGUCCCAUUCCAUGUGUCGUUGCGUGUUUGUUUCUCGGUUUUGUUGAAGCCUUGCAGCAGAGACUUAACAAGGCACUUGUGCAUCUUCAGGGCACCUUCUCCCUCAUGAUGUCACUGACUGACAAACAACUUCUUACAGAGGUUGACACUGAUAGUCUUGUGUUGCUCUUGAAGAAGCUUGAUCUCCAUGUCGCUACAUAUGCCGUAUCACAUCCCCCGAACCUUCCCAUGAAGCCAUUCGUUAUGGGUGAGAUAUUGCAAUCCUAUCCGCCAGAUGGCUCUCUAUUCAAGAUUCUACACUCGACCUACCAUUUCACCGCCAAAGCCUUCCGAUACAAGUACACCAGUCGCCGCACUAUUCCACCAGAACUUCUUAUAGAACAGGGGCGACAGCUUGCCAACUUGAAGCAAUGGCUGUCACUCAACGAGGUUUCAUCCACUUCCGAUACCGAACAACACGAAUCGCUGAUUGUUCUCCGCUCCCAAUGCCUCGCCGCGCUGAUUAACGCAGCUACUAUUCUCGAGCCACGUGAAACAGCCUACGACUGCUACGGCCCGGAGUUCGAAGAAAUCAUCACGUCAAUUGGAGCCCUGUUAUUGAGCAAAGGUCUCCGAGGUGCGCCAAGACGCGAGACCUCGGGCUGGCUACCGUCAUUCGUGCCUGAAAUGGGCAUAAUCCACCCAUUGUAUUUCACAGCAAAGAAAUACAGAAGCCCGUUCUGGCGUCGCAAAGCCUUGACCCUCAUACUGAAAAGCGGAAAGGAGGGCCCAUGGUGCGCUGAGACGGAAGGGUCCUUGAUAGCAGCCAUCAUCAACGCGGAAGAAGGGGCUUUCGAUAAAGAGUCGCUCCAUUUGGGACACACAUUGGAUCAAAGUCCCGCUUGUAUACCAGAAGAGAAGAGAUUCAGUCACGUCUGGGCGAGUGAUCCCGAAGGCGAAAAUGGGGAAUGCACGCAUUAUACGAGAAAGAGAUAUACGAGGACCAUGAUGUACAGAUGUCGGGAUGUAGAAGCAUAUAUGCGAGAUAGAAAAGGACAGAUCCCGAGAGGCAUUCCCUGGGUGGACCCUGAGCUCUGUGAGAUUGAUACUGAGUGGUGGACUGAACUGGAGGAACCUUUAGAGAUAAUAUUUUCAGUUAGAGAAGGGUCAACAUGA